UAUUUAAAUUCAUUAGUGGUUGGCUGUUUCAUCUAAGCCCGUCUUAGCUCUUUACAAAUUAGCAUAGCUUUCUAAUAGAAUUCUGAGUAUUGAUGGCAUGUUGUAGUAAUCAAUUUUUACUUCAUUGUCUCCCUGAUUUAAAGAACUUGAAAAUAUAUCUGCAUUCUACACUGUGAAAGCUGAGUCCGCAGGGUGUUUAAAGGAAAAUACUUGCAGACAACAAGAAAGCAUAUCAAAUGACCACAUCCUCUUUGAAACCUAGUUUCAACUAUAUUUGUCCUGCACAGAUGCUUUCCUCCUGUCACCUCUGGGUCCUCAUAAGCGUCUGUACUGAGGACAGAAGAGGAUCAAGCCCUAAAGAAAGGUUUAGAAAUUUCCAUGGUCUUGAGGUUCGUGCUACAGCAUGUAUCCACAGCUGUUUGCUACUAAAUCAGUGAAUUCAGUUCCCCAUACUGCCAUCUUGAAGUCAUAAUUCUGGAACCCUGUCCUGACUCCUACCCUGGUUUUCCUUGUUGCCACAAGGCAACAGUUACACUAAUUCAGACCAGAUGUCUGCCUAGUCCAGUCUCCUGUUGCUGACAUUAAUCAAUAACAAAUUCUGGGGAAGAGAUUAGGGGAAAGCAUAUACUGAAACCUGUAGUUACUCCCUCCAGAACAUUCUCCCAACCACCGAUUGUGGCUGAAGGACUUUUCUGAAUCCACAUAAGCUUGUACAAUUAAUUACUUCCAUGAAUACAUACAGACUGGUUUUGAAUCUGUGUAAAUGUUUAGCAUUGACAAUGACCUGUGGUAAGGUGUUCCAUUGCUUAACCAAAUUUUAUAUGAACACAUUGUUACCAUGCAUUAUGUGAAGUACAUUGUUUUUUGUAUUUUGGAGUUGUGUUCUCUUCAUUUUACUUUCAGCACUGUGGUAGUUCUGUUAUUUUUAAACAAGAGCAUUGUGCAUCUGCGUUGCAGGCUGACGUGAUGUUUCAAGUACUGUCUUGUUUCUAAUAGCUGUGUCACCAAAAAAUAAUAAAUAAUAGAUAUAGUCUAUAUGUACAUUUGAUGUCAAACUUUAUUCUCUCUCCUCCGCUGUAUUGGAGUUGGGGACUUUUGUCUCUAGAGAGAAACUGAGGUGCCUCUUGCAUAAUCAGCUCUUUUUAUUUUCUGCAUGAAGAAAGCUAAAAUGUGAGUGUACUGUACAAGUACUGUAAAAAAAGUUCCCCUGUUAAGUACAUGUAAAAUAAACACUGGCAAUGCUAAUGUGGCUGCAUACAAUAUAUAUUAAAAAACUGCAGUUACUUGUUAAGUAACCUCUUUGUAUUUUAAUCAAGUGUGUCACCUUUGUUCAAAUAGUGUCAAGAAUGUAUGAUACAGUCUGAAAGAUGCCAGGUACACUGUGUUCAAGAAAACAUUGUAACUGAGUGCAUUGUUUUCUGUACUGCAAAGUAAAUUGUCAGUGUGUAGGUUCAACGUGAAAGUCAAUAAAUGACUGGGCAAGAUUAAGGCAAGAGAACUGCAGACAAGUUCUGACAUUAUGAAGAGGAAACAUGGUGAAAUGCUUCCCAUAUGAGGAACAAAUACAGUAUUAUGUGUGGCUGAUGUUUGAUUUAUUUUCCUAACUGGUAACCAAGUAACGAAAAAGAUAAUUUAGCCUGUUGUGCAAAAACUCACUUGUUGCAUCUAAAGACAGUAUGUUUCAUGUUACUUCAGUUAUAGGACUUCCAUGUUUAAACUGAGGUCUGAUAACUUUUUCAGCUUCAAGUGAGAUUUCUCCCCAGUGUGGUGUGUUUGUCAGGAACUGUCUACAGCACAUAGUGGUAUAUAAUAUUGAAUAAUGUGUGAAAUAUUUAUACUGUUUGGUUUUGUCUUUUAGAAGACUUACAGACUUGCUAAAGCAUUUUUUCUGUUGUUGUUUUAAAAGUGUACUGAAUUCCAUUGAAAGAUCUCAAAGAGGUUCUGUGACUUCAAGGUAGAAAGUGUGGCUCAACUGUUUCAAGAGGAAAGAAAUACUGUGUUAUAAAGCAUCAAACCAGUAAAAUCUGAGGCAUGAGAGAUAGAAGAAAAUAACCAAACUGCCUGACAGAAUGAAAAUUCACGUAAGCAAAACAAAAGAAAAUAGAAAGCUUAUUAAAACCCGUCUGAAUAAUGAGUAUGUGUCUUAAGGACAUGGUAGGAUAUGAGAAAAUUAGAGAUUAAUGUGUAGAUACAGCUUUAAGCAAAUGCAUGAAGGAGUGGGGAAUUAAGGGCCUAUUUAUCUUAGAGGCUGCUGUGAUGCCACUGAAUUGAUUACUGAUUUUUGAGCAUUUAAUUCUUAAUAAUUUAUUUUCCUUUUAUUACCAAUUUCUAUCCUUUCAUAAAUCUGUUUUAAUUUGUUUUUUUUUUUUUUUUUUUUUCCAUAAAAAAGGCUGAGAUUGUGGGAUGCAGGCUGUUAUCCCUCAGUGGGCAUUAGGUGUAGUUGCAAAAGGCAGUGAGAAAGGGGUAAAACAAAUUGAGCAUUAGAGGCUGGAACUGGAUAAAAAUUCAUAAAGGAAUGUGACUGGUACAGAUAGCUAGCCAAGAAGUGGGUUCCAUUAUGGAUGGAAAAAAAAAAAGGAAUCAAGGGGAUAGAAGGUCCAUUAGUUCUAUUCUCAAGGUAGAAUCUUCAAAUUAAGAACCAUAAUUUCUCUACCAUAGGAAAUACAGAAUGUACUGGCAAGGGAUGUUUUUGGUAAUGCCCCAUAAUUAUCCAUAUCCACACACGCACACACACAUCUGUUUUAUAAUAUGGUUACUACUUACGUUAUCUGAACAUUUUUAUUUUAGUUCAUUUUUGCCUACAUAGCAGGCAGCUAAGUAGCAAAUGAAAUUAGAUAGUUCAUUUUUGCUGUGCACAGUUGAAUUUAUUCUCUGGUAUAGUGAUUUUUUGUAAGAUACAAAUCAAGUUAAUGAACCAGAUUUUUCCAUCCAGUUAGAAAUUGUGAGUUUAUUUGAAGUACUCGUAAGAUCUAAUCACUUAGUGUUUGAUCUUAAUCAUUCAAUAAAUGCUCAUGAAUUGGGUACCAUUUCUCUGUAGCUUUUGUCUAGAAUUACUAAAGAAUAUUUGUAACAUAACUAGAAUCCUUUUGGCUGCUACUGAAAUGCAACUACUUUUUUGCUUAGAAAUAAGACAUCUACUGUGCAUUAACAAUUCUGUUCGAUUCUAUUUUUAAGGUAUGAAAUGAAGAAUAGUGUGUCUGAUCUGAAGUGGAGAGGGAAUACAAAUACUGCAAGCUGAAAGAAUCCAUUGGAUUUUUGAAACAAGUAUAAAUACCUGCUCCUGCCCAAGCUGCUGAUUGUGUGACAUGAUAUAUGUGUACCACCCAACUUUGCCUGAUUGACAUAGCAAGCUAAAACUGCAAGCCUAUUUGUGAAACUAUUUGAAAUGCUGGAUUUUCACAUCCUUGUUCAGGAAGUAUCUGUGAAUUGACAUGGGUCAACAUACUUCUCGUUACGAGGCAAAAAUUUCUUUACUAUUGGCAUAGACUGGAAGUUGAAGGUAGAAGGGAAACAGAGAGAAGGGGAAGAGAGAAGGGGAAGAAAAGAAAAGCUGCUAACUGAGCUGAUUAUCAAGUGAUCUGACAAUCACCAAAGAGACGAACAAAGAUCUUCCUCGCAUACAUGAAUCCUUUAGAGACAGCUUGUUCUCACGCUGUUCUACACUGAGUGAGUUUCAAGCACAAAAUACCUGUCAGAUGUGUUUGGUGGGAGUGGAAAGCUGAGUGAUCCCUUGAUCUGAUACUCCCCCCUGGGGAGAAAUGGACACCAUGAAACAGAAAUUGAUGUCAUCAAUUCCAAUUAUAUUGUUACUUCCUCUGACUGCAGUGGGACUGACUGGUCAAUCAUACCCUGGAAAACCUAAGAUAAUAAGAUGUCGUUCUCUAGAAAAGGAAACCUUUUCUUGUUGGUGGAAGCCUGGUUCAGAUGGAGGACUUCCUACCAAUUACACCCUGUUCUACAGCAAGGACAGUGAAGAAAAAAUCUAUGAAUGUCCAGACUACAGAACGUCUGGUCCCAAUUCCUGCUACUUCAAUAAAAACCACACUAAUCCAUGGACAACAUAUAAUAUCACUGUAACAGCAACGAAUGAGAUUGGAAGUAACAGCUCGGAUCCUCAGUAUGUGGAUGUGACCUCAAUAGUUCAGCCAGGUUCUCCUGUGAAUCUCACCCUAGAAGCAAAAACAUCUGCUAGUAUAAUGUACCUUUGGGCAAAAUGGUCUCCACCUCCAUUAGCUGAUGCCAGCUCUAAUUCACAUGUGUAUCACUAUGAACUACGACUAAAACCUGAGGGAAAGGAAGAGUGGGAAGAGACAAUAUCUGUUGGAAUGCAGACACAAUAUAAAGUGAAUAGGUUAAAUCCUGGGGUGAGGUACGUCGUUCAGGUCCGUUGCAUGUUAGACCUUGGAGAAUGGAGUGAAUGGAGCUCUGAAAAACACAUUCAGAUCCCCAGUGAAGAGUCACCUCCUGAAAAGCCUACGAUAAUAAAAUGCCGUUCUCCAGAAAAGGAAACAUUUACCUGUUGGUGGAAACCUGGUUCAGAUGGAGGACGUCCUACCAACUACACUUUACUUUACAGCAAAGAAGGAGAGGAACAAGUUUAUGAAUGUCCAGAUUACAGAACGGCAGGCCCUAAUUCCUGCUACUUUGAUAAAAAACACACCUCUUUCUGGACCAUAUACAAUAUUACUGUCAGGGCAACUAAUGAAAUAGGAAGUAACAGCUCUGAUCCUCAUUAUGUGGAUGUGACUUACAUAGUCCAGCCUGAUCCUCCAGUGAAUGUAACUCUAGAAUUAAAAAAGCCAAUGAAUAGAAAACCAUAUCUGGUCUUGACAUGGUCUCCACCCCCACUGGCUGAUGUCAGAUCUGGAUGGCUUACCCUUGAAUAUGAGUUGCGACUAAAGCCUGAAGAAGGAGAGGAAUGGGAGACUAUUUUUGUUGGACAGCAAACACAAUAUAAAAUGUUUAGUUUAAAUCCAGGAAAGAAGUACAUUGUACAGAUUCACUGCAAACCAGACCACCAUGGAUCAUGGAGUGAAUGGAGCUCAGAAAAGUAUAUUCAGAUCCCUAAUGAUUUCAAAGUAAAAGAUAUGAUUGUGUGGAUCAUUGUGGGUGUCCUGUCAUCUCUUAUAUGUUUAAUCAUGAGCUGGACAAUGAUUUUAAAAGGGUACAGGAUGAUAGCCUUUAUCCUACCACCAGUUCCAGGACCGAAAAUAAAAGGCAUCGAUACACAUCUGUUAGAGACAGGGAAAUCUGAAGAACUAUUGAGUGCUCUUGGUUGCCAUGGUUUCCCUCCAACAUCAGACUGUGAGGAGCUACUGAUAGAAUACCUAGAGGUAGAGGACAGUGAGGAUCAGCAACUCAUGCCAAGUCACAACAAUGGUAAUCCCAGUAAAAAAGCAAAAACGACACCCAAGGAAACAGACAGUGAUUCAGGACGAGGGAGCUGCGAUAGCCCUUCUCUGCUUUCUGAGAAGUGCAGGGAGUCCCGUGCCCUUCCAUCAACACUUCAAACACAAGAUGUAAGAGAUGUUCAAGAAAAUAAAGCUGUGAAAAGGAGCUGGGAAACUCAGUGUGUAGCCUCAGAACAGAAAACACUUCUUUCUAACAGUGAGAGCACAAAAUCAUCCACGUGGCCUACAGCUCAAUUACCUGAUAAUCAGCCUCCUAUGUUUGCCUACCACAGCACUGUAGAUGCACAGAAAAUAACGCUGAUUACCACAAAUGUGAAUGUUGCCCCAGUUCUGGUGGAAAAUGAAGAUAAUCAUCAGUCACGUUAUUCUAUCACUGAAACCGUCCCUGGAGACAUGGGAGAACAAGGAGAGAUGGAGAAUUUGCAUUCCAAAACUGAACAAACUGCAGUGCAGGUCAAACAAAACAGACCUAAUGAAAAGUCACCUUUUUUGGAUGCUACACUAAUGGAUUACGUUGAAGUCCACAAAGUCAAGCAGGAUGAGGAGCCAGCAGUAUUACUGAAACAUAAAGAAAAUAGUGGAAAGACUGAAAAUUACACUAUUCCAGGAACCAGUAAAGAAUAUACAAAGGUCUCAACAGUUGUGGACCAUAAUAUUCUAGUAUUAAUGCCAGAUUCACGAGUCCAGCACACACCUAUGUCUCAAGAACCUGCAAAGGAAACAUCUCAGAACCUUCAGCAAGGUCAAGCUGAGAAAAACAUGAGCUACUGUUUGACAGCUCCAAGUGACUGCAAAAGAGAGACUAGUGGAUCGGAGUAUAUGGACCCAUCCUCCUUUAUGCCCUCUUUUAAAUAACUAAAAGUUUGAUCACUCUUCAUCAGGUAAUGCUACAGAAUGAGUCAAAUACAAUCAGUAUAAUAAUGCGGUGGUUUAAGAUUAUGCUACUAUGUCACAAUUGUAGCUUACACCAUUUUCUAGCUGACAAGUCUGUGAUUUACAUAUCAAUUUUGUUAAUAGUUAUGUACAGUAAAAUAAAACCACACAACAAAUAGUUCCCUAAAAACAAGCAAACAAACAACAACAAAAAAUAGCCUCCUAUGUGUAUUAUACAGAGAAUAAAAUAAACUGUGGGUUGAUAUAACAAUCUUAGAAGUAAACCCUGGAUCAUUAACACAUUUCUCAGAGAGGGAAAUGAGGAAAUGGAUACUAUGUGCCAUGAAAAAUACAUUGCAAACUAACUCUUCAGUUCUGCAGAUCUCCUGUUACUUGAUUCAACCUAAGGGAAUAUUGCAGUUUUAACAAAGACUAAGAAUGUUAUGGGUCAGUACACCACAAUUGUCUGAGCAGUUUCUAAAUUGGAUAAUCAUUACACAAUGACAUUCUGAUCUACAACAUAUUUCUUCUGAGUGUAUUCUGACAGUAGAUUAAGAUUUCUCUAUACUUUUUCUCAACCGUUAAGAAAAAUGAAGCUCUUAUAUAUGAAAGAAACAUAUAUAAAAGAGAAUAUAUUCAACUAAUUACAGUAAAAAGAAAUCCUCUACAUAUAUUUUGCUUUGUUUCAAUAUGACAGAAAACUUUGCAUCCUGUUCAUAGCCUAUUCCAGUCAAACCAAACAUGAAAAAAAUAGCAGGACACUAUUUUAUAUACUGCCUUACUGUAUAUAAUAUACAAUUCUACUUUAGUACAGUCCCAUACAUUUAACAAUGUAUUUUUAAAGGCUAUUUUUCUAUUACCAAAAAAAAGCAAAGUAAAAUAUUUUUUAUUUUCCCAAUGUUAUUUAGCUAUUUAGCAACUUUUCUGUUUCCUUCUGCUGAAACAGAGGUAACAAGUAAAGCUGCCAUUUCUAUAUAAAGCAUAAAACUAAACUUUAUACUAAUUAAGAAUAUGAAGUGAUUUUUAAAAUAUAUUUCUAAUAUAUUGCAAAUGUAUUACUAUUUGAAUUGUAAAUUAUUUAUUUCUGAUAUUUUUUACCAGCUGUUAUUAUAAAAUUAAAAUAGAAUCUAGGUUUUGAGAGCAAGCUUCUUUCCCACUUAAUUCGUAAUCUCAUGCCACUCAUGAAUGGAAUGAUGGUCGUCUGCAUCCUUAGCCAUUGCGUACACUUUUCUCUUAGCCUGGAAGGAAAAACUGAAAUUUUUCAGAUAUUUCAUAAAGAAUUUAUCAAAAUUAGUUUUGGAAUCCAGCCUCAACAGUCAGGGAUACGCAGCAUACAGUCAGAGUCUGUGCUCUGCUGAAAUAGUAACAGGAGUGAGAAAAGGAGUCCAUGUAGUUGGAAAGCAACUGUGGAAAGAGUCAGGAUUCCUCUUACCACAUGUAACUGAAGGCAAAAUCCAAGAUAAUGAAAUGGUUGUGUACUUACUACGGCCCUUCCUUCCUGAAGCAAAAGUUUAAUUUAUUCCAGCAAAGUAUGAACAAGUAAGUCAUGGCUAAUUAAAGCUGGGUCAAGUAUUUAGCCAAUACCACUAGCUUCAGUGGGAAUUGGAAGCAUAAGGUAAGGGAAAUUGUACUGUACAUGUGAUGGAAAGUAUAUUUACCAUAGAUGAGCUCUCUUCUGUUCUUGUCCUUCCUGAACAGCUUGAUAUUUCUCAGCUUUCUCUGGUUUUAUGCACUGAGCCAGCCUUCCUGCAGUAUCAGGUAACCUGCUGUAGAGCCAGCCAAAACAGACCCUCUGAUUUUGAAGGUCC